UGAGGCAGGGUAUAAGAGACAGGGUGGCGGACGGAAACCGGUCUCAUUAAACGCGGCGUUAGCUUUCCCGGCAGGUAUUUUCUUCGCGAGCCGGGCUCACCCAGAAGCAACUAUGUCUAAGGGACCUGCAGUUGGCAUUGAUCUUGGCACCACCUACUCCUGUGUGGGUGUCUUCCAGCAUGGGAAAGUGGAAAUAAUUGCCAACGAUCAAGGAAACCGAACCACCCCAAGUUAUGUCGCCUUUACGGACACCGAACGAUUGAUCGGUGAUGCUGCAAAGAAUCAAGUUGCAAUGAACCCCACCAAAGACAUCAGCGAGAACAAGAGAGCAGUCCGCCGCCUCCGUACUGCUUGUGAGCGUGCCAAGCGUACGCUUUCUUCCAGCACCCAGGCCAGUAUUGAGAUUGAUUCUCUAUAUGAAGGAAUCGACUUCUAUACCUCUAUUACUCGUGCCCGGUUUGAAGAAUUAAAUGCUGACCUGUUCCGUGGCACCCUGGACCCUGUAGAGAAAGCCCUUCGGGAUGCCAAGCUAGACAAGUCCCAGAUCCAUGAUAUUGUCCUGGUGGGUGGUUCUACACGUAUCCCCAAAAUCCAGAAACUUCUACAAGACUUCUUCAACGGGAAGGAACUGAAUAAGAGCAUCAACCCUGAUGAGGCUGUUGCUUACGGUGCAGCUGUCCAGGCAGCCAUCCUUUCUGGAGACAAAUCUGAAAAUGUCCAAGAUUUGCUGCUGUUGGAUGUCACACCUCUCUCCCUUGGCAUCGAAACUGCUGGUGGAGUCAUGACUGUUCUCAUCAAGCGUAAUACUACCAUUCCUACCAAACAGACCCAGACCUUCACUACCUACUCUGACAACCAGCCUGGUGUGCUCAUUCAGGUGUAUGAAGGUGAGCGUGCCAUGACCAAGGAUAACAAUCUACUUGGCAAGUUUGAACUCACAGGCAUACCUCCUGCCCCCCGUGGCGUUCCUCAGAUUGAAGUCACCUUUGAUAUUGAUGCUAAUGGCAUUCUCAAUGUCUCUGCUGUGGAUAAGAGUACAGGAAAAGAAAACAAGAUCACCAUUACAAAUGACAAAGGCCGCUUGAGCAAGGAAGACAUUGAGCGCAUGGUCCAGGAAGCUGAGAAGUACAAAGCUGAAGAUGAGAAGCAGCGGGACAAGGUGUCCUCCAAGAAUUCACUGGAAUCUUAUGCAUUCAAUAUGAAAGCAACUGUUGAAGAUGAAAAACUUCAGGGCAAGAUCAAUGAUGAGGACAAACAGAAGAUUCUGGACAAGUGUAAUGAAAUCAUCAACUGGCUGGACAAGAACCAGACUGCAGAAAAAGAAGAAUUUGAACAUCAGCAGAAAGAGCUGGAGAAGGUCUGCAACCCCAUCAUCACGAAGCUGUACCAGAGUGCAGGAGGCAUGCCUGGAGGAAUGCCUGGAGGCUUCCCUGGUGGUGGCGCUCCUCCAUCUGGUGGUGCCUCCUCCGGGCCCACCAUUGAAGAGGUUGAUUAAGCCAACCUGAGAAUAAUAGGUCUAGCAUUGUUCCACACAAAACAUUUGAAGGACCCAAAUUUGUAGCAAAUUCCAUGGCAGUUUUAAAGUUGAACUGCUAUAGUUAAACUGGGCAUUCUUGAUACUUGAAUAUGGAAUAUGUGCACAGGGAAAAGAAAUACAACAUUGCACUUUAUAAGCACUGUAUUGUGAAGUGGAAAAUGCAAUGUCUUAAAAAUAAAACUAUUUAAAAUUGGCACCA